GAACAGCCGAUGGAGCCAAUGGCGCAGAAGUUCGACGCAGAUGAGCCAGCGCCAGGUGGUAUCAGAGAAGAGACGCAGCGAAAAGAAGCCGUGGUGGAGAACCAGUCGCAGCCUCCAGAGACACCAUCAGCAACAGGACCAUUACCUGACCUCCGACAUGGUAUUCCAUCAACUUUUGAUAUAGAGUUUGGCCAAGCCAAGGCCAGGGCUCAGGAGCAGGAUGCGGCAGAAUCGCAAGAAGACAAGCUGGAUUUGACUUCUUCGCCAGAGGGAACGCGAAGGAAGGAAGGCGAGGAGCGCGACUAUGACCGCUCAGCAUACGAGACCUCGCUGGACAGGAGACGUGCCCGGCUCGUGAAAUACGUGUAUGCCUCCAUGACAUUUGGAAUCUUGCUUACCGGCUUCUACCUUUCCCGUCCCUACAGCGCAUCUGACGAGCUGCCUUCUGGAUUUGAGCCUGAGAACGCUGAUGGCUGGUCGCCUGCGAAGAUGUGGGCUCGUGCCAGAGCGCGCUUCGGCAACCAGGCCGGCUACUAUACCGAGCCGGCUUUCCCUAAGCUUCUCCCAGAUGUGCCUGAAUCCCAGCGACCUCCAUACACUUUGGUACUCUCCCUCGAAGACCUCAUGAUUCACACCACCUGGGACACCAAGCACGGCUACCGCACUGCCAAGCGCCCUGGCAUUGACUACUUCAUCCGCUACCUCUCCCAAUACUACGAGCUGGUCCUGUUCACAUCUGUGCCACGCACCAUGGCAGAUCCAGUUAUUGCCAAGCUCGACCCAUACCACUUCAUCAUGUGGCCAUUGGGACGCGAGGCGACCAAGUACGAGAAGGGCGAGUACGUGAAGGAUCUCUCCUACCUCAACCGUGAUCUCAAGAAGACUCUCAUCAUCGACACCCAUGCGCCUCAUGUCAAGAACCAGCCGGACAAUGCCAUCAUCAUUCCCAAGUGGAGUGGAGACCCCAAGGACCCGCAUACCAAGGACCUGGUAUCUCUAAUUCCCUUCCUGGAAUAUGUUGCAACUAUGGGCACCGACGAUGUACGCACAGUGCUCAAGUCAUUCGAAGGCCAAUCCAUCCCGGAGGAGUUUGCUCGAAGAGAGGCCCUCGCUCGCGAGAAGUUCCAGGCUCAACUCAGCGAAGAACGCAAGCGAAAGUCGAAGUUCUCUCUUGGUAGCUUUGCAGGUGCCUUGGGUGUCAAGGGCGGAAGCGGCAUGGGUGGCGGCAUGCAGCUCGCAGAUGGCCAAUCCGUAGCGGAAGGCUUGGCGCAAGGGAAGAUGCUGUCGGACCAGAUUCGCGAACAAGGUCAGAAGCAGUACGAAGCUCUUGAGAAGCAGAUCCGAGAGCAUGGAGAGCAAUGGCUGAAGGAGGAAGCGGAAGAGCAAAAGAAAUUGAUGGAAGCCCACGCGAAAGACAUGAAGCAAGGUGCCAUGUCUUGGCUCACUGGUGGCGGCGAACCCAAGAAGGAGUAGGAUACGGAUGUUGAUGGGCCAUCUUCGCUCUUGUUAUUGUAGACCAUGUGUUCUGUUCUGCUGCAUUUAGCGAUGGCAGGGAUACAUGAAGGCGUGUAUGCGACGGGAGGCGCGCUGUACAGAUUGCGUGGCUGGGUGUAUCAAAUCCGAAUGUACAGCAUAUUUCGACCUUUUG